AUGCAUGCCGGGAAGCAGGCCAAGUUUGCAUGGGCGAAGGUGUUGGCUCAGUAUGACCAUGAUGAAGCGCAGCGCAUGGUGAGCGAAUCUCAUGGUAUAUCUCGGACUGUACUUCGGCUUGCACGGAUUCGGUUGGAUAUUGUGCACAUGGCAUUGUUCAGAUUGUAUAUUGCCAAGGAGCUGGAAAGCUCCAUUAUAUACUUGUUCACGGAUGGCAGCCCGCAGUGGCGAGGCGUUGAGAUGAUGGCUAGCACUAUGGACCUCAUCACGUGUGACAACCAGAGGUGGACAUGCCUGAGGAUGCUACUCUCUGUAGUCCGCAUCGGGAACCGCCAGCUCGACCUGAUCGGCAAGACGUGCGCGAUUCUGUGGAAGAUCAUGCUGAUCGUCGGGCCAAGCUACACUUCGCUUCGGAGUUUCCUGGCCAAGGCAUGCAAGGCGAUGUCAGUGCUGUUCGACAUAUGCCGUCGGAUGCGGUCUUCAUUCGAUUUCGUUGCGAAGAUCAGGUGCACGGCGUUGCUGAAGAAGGAGCACAGGAAUGGACGGACAGUUUCUUGCAUGAUGAAGGGCCGUUUGAUAACAUAUGCAUGGGACCACGCGAAUACAGUAUUCAAUGACGCCGUCACGGAGAUCUGCAGCUGGUCAUUGCAUGAUUUCGGCGAGGGUGCCUCUUUGCAGUCGUCCUGCAUCGGUGCUGUGCAGUAUUGCAGAUCAAUGGGCAUGAGGAAGCUGCAACUCUUGGAUCACAUCCCGCACCUUCUUUCGAGGUUGGGCGAGCCUGGGAUAGUUGGCAGAGUCUUAGCGCAAUACCGAGAAGUCCCCAAAGAUCAGCACCACCCAGUAACCUUGAGGUUUUCGGGCGACGACUCGCCCAUCAAGAGCUCGAUUGUGCAGCUGCCUGAGGCUGGCGGGGGACUACCUGACGGGCUCCGUCAAGCGGCGCAGCAGCUCGUCGACAUCCCGUUCGACGACCACAUCGCCGAUGGGGCCACAUGCAAAGGCUUCUGGGUCAUCAUCGACCUGGCGACGAUCCGCGUGACGGCGACGAUGCAUUCGACGAGCCUGAUGACCCUCGCGGCGGAGACCCUGGAGAUGCGGCUAUGUAGCGCACAGUGGAGCCCAUGCAAAGGCAAUCAGUUCCGAGGGUUGACAGAGUCGCAGAAGCUAAUGGCGGAGUUCCUCGGAGGCGCGCUGCAGCAGUACGAUUAUUUCUCAGCCCCCAGUGGGCCAGGCGAUGAUGUACCCUUCCACGUGUAUCAGGUCAUUGCGAAGCAGACGAAAGACAUCCUUGUGGAGACAACUGGCGCGGCCCUUACAGAUACCGCGAUUUGGUUGCUCCGUCCAAUGGACAUCUUCGUCGACCCGACUUCCGGGGCCGACGACGACGGGCGCGUGGACGUGUUCGCGGUGGCAACGGUCUCAGUGUACUCCAGCAUCUUUGCGGUGUUUGGCGGCGACGCGACCAAUCGCAGUCGGAUCUGCAGGUGGCAG